AUGGCUUCAUACCUGGUUACCGGCUCAUCGCGCGGCCUCGGUCUGGCACUUGUUUCCCGACUGGCGUCAUUGCCCAAGGCCGAAGUCGCAAGUAUCAUUGCGACCGCGCGCCAAGACAACCCACAUCAGCUCAAGGAGAUUGUGAACGCAUCAUCGGGACGAAUUGAGUUUGUCAAAUUAGAUGUCACCGACAAAACCAGUGUUGAGGAGGCUGUCAAGUCGGUUGAGCAUAAACUGAAAGGCAAGGGGCUCGACUACCUGAUUAACAAUGCGGGUGUGAUGGAUUGGUCGAAGGAUGGGUUGGAGAGCAUGGAUAAUCUGAAUGAGAUUUUCAACACGAAUGUCACUGCAGUCCACCUGGUGUCGCGGGCCUUCCUACCUCUUCUUCGUAAGGGAGAGAAGAAAACUGUGAUUAAUAUAUCAACUACUUUGGGCUCCAUUGCCCGGGCCAAAGUUUACGCACAGGGCCGUUCUCCCGCCUAUAAGAUCUCCAAGGCAGCGUUGAACAUGAUGACUGUACAAUACGCCCAAGAGUAUGCAGGGGAAGGCUUCACCUUCCUCGCCGUUAGCCCAGGCUGGCUACGGACCGAUCUCGGCAGCUCUUACGCAGAUCUCCCCGUAGAGACUGGAGCGGAGAAAGUAAUUGAUAUCAUGCAAAAGACAACCCCCGAGCAGAAUGGAAAGUUCGUCAACAUCCAUGUUCCGGGAUGGGAGGAGGCGGAAGGAAAUAACCAGUAUCCUGGAGGCGAGGUUCCUUGGUAA